GACUGUGACAGUGGGCAUAGCAUACAUGCAUAUAGUGUUACACACUGCUGAAAGACGAACCACUUCGACGUACAUGAAUGUCCAUGUGCUGUGCUGUAAGAUCCAAACUCAGCAACACAGAGGACAAAUGAAAGGUUUGUUCUGAGGGGUCAUGAGUGGCUACCUGGUUUUCGGUCUGUUUUUUUUUUUUUGUUUUUGUUUUUUUUACGAGGACACGUUCAACCAAGAAGUACAGCAGAGAAUGAAUACUGGCAAACAGGGGAAUCCUAUAACAGCUUGUCCAUGGUCCCGCUUCCUUCAGUAUUAUGUGACUCUAGAUUUCUGCCUGAAGGUCGCUCAGGACGUGCAAAAGAAGAAAUCCCUGUGCAGCCCAGAAACGUGAGAACACGCUAAUGGAGGGAUAAACGAAGGGAUUGAGACGAAGAUGAGUGUAGGAGAGAAAAGGUGUGCCGACUUCAACUCCUCAUACAGAGCGUCAGUGUGCGAAGACCACCCACCUGUACGUCAUCUCAUCUUUAUAAAAGACUGAGGAGGACUGACUUGGACACUGGUUUAUCUUUAACCUGGCCAGUACACCUGUGAUCUGAGUGGCCUCCCUGGGACUUACAGAUUGCUGAUAGCGAUGAUGAUCAUCCCUCGUGGCCUGUGUCUUGUCCUGAGAGACGUUGUUACCAGCGCUCAUCUCUUCCUGCUGGAAUUCAUAGGCACAGUCCUCUUCCUGUCCACUAGCCUAUCAGCUGUCUUGGUGCUGCCUAUCACUGGAAGACCAGGACUAAAUCUGAGGUCUGCUCCCAACCAGAGCCACCUGUCUGCAGGUGUGCACCAGUCUGGACUUGCACCUGUUUCAUUUUUGUGUCCCCUGCAGGUGGCACUGGUCUUUGGUCUGUCUGUUGCCAUGUCAAUUGUUUGUGUGGGCGGAGGAGCUCAUCUGAACCCGGCAGUUACCCUAGCAAUGGUCCUCAGCCUGAGGCUCCGUUUGUGGAAGGCAGCGCUAAUUAUAUUUAGCCAGCUGUUAGGGGGCAUGGCUUCUGCAGCCGUGCUGCUGGGACUGAUUGGAGACUUGACACCAGCUCUUAACCAGGUGUCCUCAGGUGUCCAGCUUCACCAGGCAGUUGCCUUGGAAACGUUAGUGACCUUCCAGCUGGUUCUGGUUGUCCUGGCGACCAUUGACAUUCCCCUGCCGGCUGUAGUGUCUCCUCUGUUGGUCGGCCUGGCCGUCAGUCUAGGUCACAUGGUGGCUGUGAAUGUGACAGGCUGUGGGAUGAAUCCGGCCCGGUCCUUUGGUCCGGCUGCUAUCACACACAACUUCAGCAACCACUGGGUGUUCUGGGCAGGGCCUGGUCUGGGGGCGUGUCUUGCCACUUUCAUGAACGACUUGUUACUACGGCCGCGCUGGCAUCGUCCCAGAGACUGGUUGGCUGAACUAACACAGCUAUAUGUGCUGACAGAAAAGCAGCAGCAGGUGUCGCUGUCACACCCAAAUUAAGGACUCCAUUAGCCUGGCGUAGCAGAAUCAAUUCUGAGUCAGACAGAAUGUGACUCGGGUAAGACCCCAUUGGGAAUUCAUUAUGAGGCAUGUGUCAACUAAAGCUACCUCUGUGAACAAUUAGUCCUGCAACCAAUCAAGAGUCCAGAGAAACAGAAUAAAUGACACUGAACAUGACAUUCUUGACAAAUUCCUUAAUCACUGUGAAAUAUUCAUCCCUUGAAGUUAUUUCGCUGCUAGUAUCUUUUAAAACAGUGUCCGCUGACUCUGAACUCCUUUCUGAUGACAGCCAUUUACUCGUAAACUAAUCCAACACAACAUCUCUCAGACAAUGAGUACCACAGUGUCACUGUUACUCUUCUGACCAUCACCGCUUAAUGCCCUCCCAAACUAUUUGAAUGGCUUGGCAGAUCUUUGCCAGAGGACAGAAUCCAGACCGACUUUCUGCCUCAAAAUAUUUUGUUAGUGGGAACUUCGUUCCAGGUUAUGAUUCCAUAUUACUACAAUUUAUUAAGGGAGGGGUCUGGAUUAUCAAAAUCUUUACUGUAUCUCUUCUGUUCUGACAUAACUAAAAUGUUUAUUUCAGAACAUUUAACUUCAGUUUAUGUUUCAGUGAAAUGUCUGUUAUGUUAAAAUAUGUUAAUUGCAUUAGAGAACCAAGAACAAGUGCUGUUACUUUAUUUAUUACUGCUUACCUUCCAGAAAGUGUCAGUCUGACGAUAUCUAUAACCCUAACCCUAAGCCUAACCCUAGGGUUGGAGCAAGAGUUACGGUGAAAUCCACUACAAAAGAACACAUAAAUUGUUAAAACAAGCAGGAGGACGGCAGUUUAAUUAAAAUUGUCGCCUCUCCGCGUAUUUGUUGAGUUUUAUUUCUUUACUUUGGAAAGUCAAAGUGAGUCACGCUGUCACAGAGGAAGCACUCUCCCUAUCUUGCAACACCUCACUGCAGCCCAGAUGUUUCCUCCUUCACUUAUCUACGACUGUAUGUAACACCCUGCAUGAUGCUUGAUAGCUGCUAUUUUAGCAUGUCCUGACACAUAGCCAGAGUGGACACAGAGAAGACGCUAAUCGCAACAGAGAGGUGCAAGAUGGACUGGACCUUUUAAUGCUGGGCUUGGUUUCAUACAAACAGUGUUUAUCAUGAGAAAAGCGAUGAGUGUAAAAGUACUGAAGUCAGUUAGAAUAAAACUUUGAUGAUGAACCUCUAAAUGAACUACAACGUUGACUAUUUACAGCUGUCAUGUGUUUGAUGGACUGCUCUCAUGUCUAGUUUAGAGAGUCUUUAAAGACUGAGGAGAUUUGUCAGUUAUUGGAACGAGUGUAUGCUUUCCGUUGUUUGCGGAACAAUCUCAUUAAACUUGAAUCUUAACCUUGACAAAGAAAAAGAUUGAACACUCUCAUUAU